CUGCGCAGUGGAUGGAAAUGAGGACUUAGUCUGUUACACAACCGACUGGGCUGUUUAGGGAGCUGUGGUUUCCCUUUGGCUUCACGUCCUUGCCUCUCCCGGGUUUUUCUUGCCUACGAUCGUGGUAAAGGCAUGAGUGGGGAUCAGCUGCAUAACGACUUCCAGAUUGAUCCAGGUUUCCGAGCGAAUGAUUCGCACAAACAUAAAGAUAAACACAAAGACCGAGAACAUCGACACAAAGAGCACAAGAAGGAUAAAGACAGAGAAAAAUCCAAGUACAGUAAUAGUGAACACAAAGAGUUUUCUGAGAAGAAACACAAAGAGAAGGAGAAAACCAAACAUAAAGAUGGUAGUUCAGAAAAACAUGACAGACACAAAGACAAACACAAAGAUAGAGAGAAGGAGAAGCGAAAGGAAGAAAAGAGUAAAUCAUCUGGUGAAAUGAAAAUAAAGAAAGAAAAAGAAAAUGGCUUCUCCAGCCCACCACGUAUAAAGGAAGAAAUAGACGAUGAUGGCUAUUUUAAAGAAGAUUACAAGAGACCCCGAGAGGAUGAUGAUAUUGACUACAAGCCUAAGAAGAUUAAAACUGAAGAUGUAAAAAAAUCAAAAAAACGAAAACAGGAAGAUGAAGAGGAGAGUAAACCGAAGAAAAUAAAAAGCAAAGAUAAGAAGCCUCCAGAAGGAGAAAUGAAAAAGAAAAAAACAAAAAAAGAAGAGGAGCAGAAAUGGAAAUGGUGGGAAGAAGAACGCUAUCCUGAAGGUAUUAAAUGGAAAUUCUUGGAGCACAAGGGUCCUGUGUUUGCUCCUGCAUAUGAACCGUUGCCUGAAAAUGUCAAAUUCUACUAUGAUGGCAAAGUCAUGAAACUCCGUCCCAAAGCAGAAGAGGUUGCAACUUUUUUUGCAAAAAUGCUUGAUCAUGAGUACACUACAAAGGAUAUCUUCAGGAAAAACUUCUUUAAAGACUGGAGAAAGGAAAUGACUCCAGAAGAAAAGGGAACUAUCACCAGCCUUAGCAAAUGUGACUUUGGUCAUAUGAGUCAGUAUUUCAAGGCCCAAACAGAAGCUAGAAAGCAAAUGACCAAGGAAGAAAAGCAGAAAAUUAAAGAAGAGAAUGAGCGGUUAUUAAAAGAAUAUGGUUAUUGUGUCAUGGAUAACCAUAAGGAAAGAAUUGCCAACUUUAAGAUUGAGCCUCCAGGUCUCUUCAGAGGACGUGGCAAUCACCCCAAAAUGGGCAUGCUGAAGCGACGAAUAAUGCCUGAAGACAUCAUCAUCAAUUGUAGCAAGGAUUCUAAAGUCCCUCCACCUCCCCCUGGCCAUAAAUGGAAAGAGGUUCGACAUGAUAACAAAGUAACCUGGCUAGUAUCAUGGACUGAGAAUAUUCAAGGAUCUAUUAAAUACAUCAUGUUGAAUCCCAGCUCUAGAAUCAAGGGUGAGAAAGACUGGCAGAAAUACGAGACAGCUCGGAGAUUGAAGAAAUGUGUAGAUAGGAUUCGAAAUCAAUAUCGAGAAGACUGGAAAUCCAAAGAGAUGAAAGUGCGGCAAAGGGCUGUGGCACUGUACUUCAUUGAUAAACUUGCUCUGAGAGCUGGCAAUGAGAAAGAAGAAGGGGAGACCGCUGACACAGUGGGCUGUUGCUCCCUCCGUGUGGAACAUAUUAAUUUGCAUCCAGAAUUAGAUGGUCAGGAAUAUGUAGUAGAAUUUGAUUUCCUUGGAAAAGACUCCAUAAGAUACUAUAACAAAGUACCUGUUGAGAAAAGGGUAUUUAAGAAUCUUCAGUUAUUUAUGGAAAAUAAGCAGCCAGAAGAUGAUUUAUUUGAUAGGCUUAAUACUAGCAUUUUAAAUAAGCAUCUUCAAGAUCUUAUGGAAGGGCUGACAGCUAAGGUAUUCCGAACAUAUAACGCCUCUAUUACGCUACAGCAACAACUGAAGGAACUCACAACCCCGGAUGAUAACAUCCCAGCAAAGAUCCUGUCUUACAAUCGUGCCAACAGAGCUGUUGCUAUUCUUUGCAACCACCAGAGGGCACCUCCAAAAACCUUUGAAAAAUCCAUGAUGAAUUUACAGACCAAGAUUGAUGCCAAGAAGGAACAGUUGGCCGAUGCCAAGAGAGAACUAAAAAGCGCCAAAGCUGAUGCCAAGAUCCGAAGGGAUGAGAAGUCUAAAAAGACUGUGGAAACUAAGAAGAAGGCUGUACAAAGGGUGGAGGAACAGCUGAUGAAGCUGGAAGUUCAAGCAACAGACCGAGAGGAAAACAAGCAAAUAGCCUUGGGUACCUCCAAACUAAAUUAUCUGGAUCCUAGAAUUUCUGUUGCUUGGUGCAAGAAAUUUGGAAUACCGAUAGAGAAAAUAUAUAAUAAAACUCAGCGAGAGAAAUUUGCCUGGGCAAUUGACAUGGCAGAUGAAGACUACGAGUUUUAAUGUGAUUUUAAUGGGCUGGAUUUUAUGGAAGAAAGUAGCCUGAUUUUAGGGAGAUUGAUAAACUGUGAGCCUUACUUGUUCUUUAUAUUGGGGGGCGGGGGGGUGUCAGAGGGGAAAGUGAGCGUCUGAUGAAAUACCCA